AUGGCUGAGAUCGGAUUCAAGAACUCAUACGUUCUGCACUUGAUGCUGGCAUUCGCAGCAAUGCAUCUGGCACACUGCCGUCCGCACCGCAAAGAGGCAUACCUCGCGAUGGCAGACCACCACUACGAGCGCGCUCUGGUUCUGGUUACACCACAGAUUGCAACCCUAAAUUCCGACAACUCUGAUGCAGUAUUGCUUGCCGAACAAUUGAUAUGUUUUAUCGGUUGGAGUCGGGGCCCGCAACCUGGGGAAUAUCUUGCCUUUGGACGAGAUAAGAAAUCAGAUUGGUUGGUCAUGUUCCGCGGCAUUCGAUCAACCAUCUCAAACAUUCAACGUCUGCCAUCUCACAAGACCCGCCCAUAUUCAAUAAACGGAGUAUUACCUCCGUUGCCAGCCCUAGGAGUACCCGAAGAAUACGAGAAGCAGCUCGACAGACUGAUGGAGCUUGUGAAGUCUGUAUCAAAGGAUUCACCUGGUUACAGGGACGAUGUCGAGGCUGUCAAUAUACUCCAAGAGAUGUACAACAAUCGGUAUCAAGGUGGAGAGGACGAGUACCACGUGACUUUUGGGUGGCUCUACCGUGUGACGGACGACUUUCUUGAGCGGAUGCAGCAGCGUGAUCCCAUCCCUAUGAUCAUCUAUGCGCACUUUUUGGUCCUUAUUCGUGCUUUAGAACAGUUUUGGUACAUGCAAGGAUGGACACACCAUAUCAUGAGCGGGAUCUGGGAUUUGCUGCCAACGGAAUAUAGGGCUUGGUUGGAGUGGCCAAUAAAGAGAACAAGUUGGGUCAAACCCUGA